AUGGGGUAUCUCACACACAUCACCAACAUCCACAACGACGCUUUCUACGCCUCGGACGCGUUCUGCAUCAACUUCUUCCACAAGCACAUGCAACUCGCGGAUCAGCUUCCACCCGGAGCUCGCCUGCCCCACGCUCCGGACGUCGUCGCCGUGCGACCGCCGCCACUCGAACCACUCCACGCGUCGAUGCGCGCCGUGGCCCACCUCCAUGGCGAACGAGAAGGUCUCCUUCAUCCCCACGUUGUGGUGCAUGGUGAUCUUUCCUCCCCGCCCACGCCCGGCGGUGCACCGGCGGGGCUCGCAAUGGUCAUGGCGAGCUUCAUCCACCCCGCGGGCGUGCGCGAGCGGCGGGUCGGUCUCGUUGGGCCCAUCGUGCAGGAUGAGAAUGCCCCCAGCCUUGGGGAGCGUGGCGACGUAGGUUGGGGUGGCGGCGCCGGGCGCGACCAGCUCGGCGGUGAGUUUCGUCCAUGA